AUGGAAUUAUGUAACGAUGCACAGAGGAAGCAACACGACACGCAGCUGACACAGGAUCAACUCUCAAUUAUUGAUGCUCCGGGAAACAUCACCGUCCUGCUGAUCGUUUCAAUACUGACGGACCACUGGAUUUACAAAGGGUUUAAGGUGGAAAACCUGAAAGCUGAACUUCGCCGGUUGCGAGGGGUGACCAUCAGUGUCCCCCUUGACACAAAGUCGUAUGUGGAAAUCGUGUUUUUAACGGAGGAAUCACGGCGAGACGAUCUGAAACUUGGUGACGUCAUAGUGCACUACCUCCCGCCGUUGUACAUAGACAUUUGGACGAACGGCAGCACGGACGCCGGGGAUGCCCAGGUGGUAACGCACGUUGUCCUCUUUCAACAGUAUGGGAAUAUUUACAGAGAGUGCGAUGACCUGGAAGACGGAGUUCGCAUGCAGUUGGGAAUGAAGGCGAUACGUCCUGAAAAAUGCACCAAGUUUCUACUGUCUCCGCUCUACUCCACCACGGUCGCCGUACUGGGAGACGAGGCAGUGUUGUGUAAGUACUGCAGUGUGUGUGUGUGUGUGUGGUGUGUGUGUGUGUGUGCCAAUGCUAAUUAUAUUACUUUUGUUUUAGGAAUAACUCUAAUAACGACGAUAGCCUUAUUCAACGGAAAGUGCCACCUGCAGCGAAGACAAGAACCACUCUCCGAAUUCAAUAUUCCAUACAAGGAAAUACUCAUACGUCACAGAACCUACAGUUAUAAUUGGUCCUUUGUUCUCGCGUGGAUAUGUGUGGCCUUGACAUUCUGUUCCUCAUUUGCAUGGCUGUACAAAGCUCAGGACCUGGUUGUCGAUGAAAAAGCUGAACAGAAAGUCAACCUGCGCUUCGUUAAAAAUCCACAUCGGAAAUUAAGUUUAUCUUUGAAAAGAGAGCGCUACUUAUAGCUUGAGUUGCCUUUUAGUACACCGAAUCAUUAAUUUCUCACCUUUCUUUCAGAGUUUUUUUUCCCAUCGAUUUCAAUAUCCCAUAUUAUAAGAAAAUCCAUUUAAGUCGCAUAAUUUAAUGCUCGUUUGUUCUUGCGUUGUUAUGCAUGAAGCAAUUUUAUAUCUUUAUAUUGACUUUCAUUUUAUUUUUACUCUCUUUAACUUUCUUUUGAAAAUUAAAGAUACAGUAGUAAAGCUGUAAAAUGACAGUUUUGCUAUUAAAACCUUCCGUAUUAAAAAACGUUUGCUUCAACUACAUGU